AUGGCGGGCUACGCGCCGCGCCUGCCCUGGCUGCUGCCGCUGCUGCGCCGGGCGGCGCCGCCCCCCUGGGCUCGGGCGGCCGCCGGGCUCCGCGCCCCGCCGCUCCCGCCCGGCAGGUGCGGAGCGCACCCCGCGCCGCCGCCGCUGCCGCUGCCGCCGCUGCCGCCGAGAUCCCCGUCCUACCGCCGCCGCCUCCUCCCCGCCGCGGCGGCGGCAGCGGCGGGCGGCGCCCCGCGUUCCCUGAGCAGCGCGGCGGGCACGGAGCCGCCGCGAGGGGCUGCGGGCGCUCCGCCGCGCUUCGAGGCUCGCAGGCUACUGGCCCUGGCGCACCCCGAGCGCCGGAGACUGACAGCUGCUGUUGGCUUUCUGGCAGUUUCCAGUGUCAUUACCAUGUCAGCUCCUUUCUUUAUGGGGAAAGUUAUCGACAUUAUUUAUACAAAUCCCAGUGAGGAUUUCACUGACAGCCUGACCAGCCUGUGUGCCUUGCUGAGUGGAAUCUUUUUAUGUGGUGCUGCUGCUAAUGCUACACGUGUCUACCUCAUGCAGACUGCAGGACAAAGAAUUGUGAAACGUUUGAGAGCAACCAUGUUCUCCUCCAUUGUGAAGCAAGAAACGGCUUUCUUUGACAAGACCAGAACAGGAGAGCUGAUAAACCGCUUAUCUUCAGAUACAGCCCUUUUGGGCCGCUCAGUGACUGAAAACCUUUCUGAUGGGCUCAGGGCAGGAGCACAAGCAUCUGUGGGGGUUGGAAUGAUGUUUUUUGUUUCCCCUAGCCUUGCUGCAUUUGUUCUGAGCGUUGUGCCACCCUUGGCUGUCCUGGCUGUGAUUUAUGGCAGAUACUUGCGAAAGCUUACUAAAGUUACUCAAGAUUCUCUUGCAGAAGCAACACAGUUAGCUGAAGAGCGUAUUGGAAACAUCAGAACAGUUCGAGCUUUUGGGCAAGAAAUGGCUGAAAUGGAGAAGUAUACAAAUAAAGUUGAUUAUGUGCUACAGCUGGCUAGAAAAGAGGCUCUAGCUAGGGCAGGCUUCUUUGGAGCUACUGGCCUUUCUGGAAACUUAAUUGUCCUCUCAGUAUUAUACAAAGGAGGAUUACUAAUGGGCAGUGCCUACAUGACAGUUGGUGAACUCUCCUCUUUCCUAAUGUAUGCUUUCUGGGUUGGCAUAAGCAUUGGAGGUCUAAGUUCCUUUUAUUCUGAGCUUAUGAAAGGACUAGGUGCUGGUGGACGUCUUUGGGAACUUAUUGAAAGGAAGCCCCAACUUCCAUUUAAUGAGGGAAUCACAUUAGACAAAGACGUAUUCAGAGGUGCUUUGGAAUUCAAAGAUGUUGAGUUUGCAUAUCCAACACGUCCAGAAGUAUCCAUUUUCAAAGAUUUCAGCCUUUCCAUUCCAGCUGGCUCUGUUAUGGCCCUCGUUGGCCCAAGUGGUACAGGGAAAUCAACGAUUGUAUCCCUUCUGCUGCGGCUGUAUGAUCCUAUCUCAGGUACUAUCACCGUUGAUGGCUUUGAUAUCCGUCAGUUAAAUCCACUGUGGUUCAGGACAAAGAUUGGAACAGUAAGUCAGGAACCAAUUCUCUUCUCCUGUUCUAUUGCUGAAAAUAUUGCCUAUGGUGCAGAGGAUCCUUCUACUGUGACUGCAGAGGAGAUUCAGAAAGUUGCUGAAAUAGCAAAUGCUGCUAAUUUUAUCAGAGAUUUUCCAAAAGGGUUUGACACUGUAGUUGGAGAAAAAGGAGUUUUGCUUUCAGGUGGACAGAAGCAGCGAAUUGCAAUUGCUCGAGCUCUGCUCAAGAAUCCUAAAAUUCUUCUGUUAGAUGAAGCAACAAGUGCUUUGGAUGCUGAAAAUGAGUAUCUGGUGCAAGAAGCUCUGGACCGGCUGAUGGAAGGGAGGACAGUCCUAAUCAUUGCUCACCGUCUGUCUACUAUUCAAAAUGCUGAUUUCGUUGCAGUCCUUGGCCAGGGUAAAAUUCUGGAAUGUGGGAAACAUGAGGAACUACUUGCAAAUCCAAAUGGACUUUUCAGGAAACUAAUGCAGAAACAAGCUUUUCUUCAGAAUAAUGAUACUUUUGCAUUGGAUUUACAAACCAGAGGAAAGGAUAUAUUAAAAGAAAAUGUAUGAGACAAUGUAUGAAUAAUUACAAACUUCAAAGACUAUAACUUAUGUUUCAGUUAUGUAAAGUAAAUGUUAUAUUUUUACAAAAUGUACAAAAUAUUCUUUUGAAACUUAAAUGUGUCUAAACUUUUUAUUGAAAGCUUUUUAAUAACUAUUGUAACUUUUAAAAUAUCUGUCACACUGAGAUAAUUUCAGGGUAUAUAUUUUUCUGCUUGUGUUAUUUUGAGGCUGUCUAGAAUCUUGUUUCCUGUAAUGCUCUAUAUGAAGAUGUGUUCCAUUCUCAAGUAAGUUCAGUAUUUUAAAGGUAAUUAAAUGACAAUCUUAUCAUUUUCA